GCACACUUCACUCACCGAGCCAGUUCAGAUUCCUUAACGAUCAAUUCGACUGCACGAUCUCUUCCUUCAUCCUUUAGAUUCAAAGCUUGUAUCUUGUUGUCAAAUGUAUAUAAUCAUCUCGGGGAUACUAGUGAGGGUUUAUUGACGAACAUAUCUUAUUACGUCAGGGGUAAACAAAAUGGCCUCACAGUUGGAGGUGGAUCAAACCAACUCCAGAUGCCAGCUAUAUAUGGACGUAAAAAGAAACUGUAUAUAUUUGAAGAUUCUUUCACUCUAAAUCAGGACUUUCCUGAAGCCGAAGAGACCACUUUCAGCGAGCUUUCUUUUGUGUUUAGAGUCCAUCAUAAAACAGGGAAGGUCGAAGGCUGCGGUGUACAACUUUUAGAGGCAAACAAUGAAAGUGGUCAUAGUGAUGAUGGUGGUGAGGAAGAUGAUGGUGAUGGUGGUAGUGGUGAGGGAAAUGAAUGUGGUGAUGAUGACUCUCAUGGAAACACCGAAGCAAACAAUGAUACUGAAGGGGAAGAAUAUAGACGUGGUGAUAAGGAUGAAGAGACGAGGAGCAGGAAACGAAUAAGGUUAAGCUUUGUAUAGGUACUUGAAGUUGUGAUGCUGUUUGAUUUUUCUGAUUCCAUGCCAAUGUAAUUUUCCAAGAAAAGAAGUUCAGUCUCAAAAACCCUGGCACAAAUCAAUCAGGGAUUUAUUCAUUUAGGUCUGGACAUUCAAAUAUUUGAUCGUUUGGAUUCGAGUAACCAAAAGUUUCUUGCUCUCUCUAUAUUCGUCCAUGUACUCUAUUUCUGGUAAUGAUGAAUAAAGUUUCUUGAUCUCACUUCUCACUUUCAUGGUGAAUAUCUCACUUCUUUCUCUCUUUGAACAUGUUCCAGGGCUUGCAACAAAAGCAACUCCAACAUGCUUUGUUUAAACUUGAACAUCCAUGUCUUGUAUCACUUCUUUUCUGUUUGGUUGAUGAAUGGCGUGGCAUAUGUGGACCACUAGUGUAACUCUUGAUUGUAAACAUUCCCAAGGAAUGAUGUUGAGAGCCUCCGCUGUUUCCUUGUCGAAACACAAUCUGAAACGGAUUUGGAUGAGCUUAAAUCUCUGAAGAUGCUUUCUACCACUGAAAUCUGAGAUCACGGAGACAAGUCGGAAUAGGUGUAGCAACACUGAAACAGAACCAUGUUGUUCAUAAUCUGCAGUUUCUGGUCGUGCACUAGUUGCAGGCUCAAAAAUCAUGCUACGUCCACGCUGUAGUAGAGUCACCACUUGCUGUUGAUGAACAUACCUCUCACACCACUGUUAUAAACAGAGCAUAAACCACCCCAAACAAAUCCAGAUUGCGAUUGCAAAGGAUCCACAGAAUACAGGUAUAUCAAUAAUUGUUCUGGAAACUUUCUAAUAAUUGUUCUCUGUAUCGUCUUUCUUCUUUUCUUGGAUUCUGAGGAGGAAGUCACCAGCAGGAACGGGUAUUUAACGAUGGUUGUGUCGGAUUUAUCAUGGGCUUAUCAGAUACUCACGAAGAUGGAAAUGGUUAGAGAUUUUGUUGUAACAUGGGUGGACACGUCUGAAAAGUUAGUUAAGGUAGUUGAAGCGAUGGAAACGGCUGCAGAGACGGUGGAGAUAAGAGUUAAUGUCACUGAGGUGACUUCAAAAGUUGUAGAGGCGAUUGGUUAUGGAACUGUGAUAUUACCAACAGUGAAACGGCUUCAGAUGGUGAAACUAUGGCUUCCUUUUGUAAGAGAAGCAAAGCCUCUUGUUGACUCAGCAGUAACCAAUCAAGAAGAAGAUAAGGAGGAAGGGGUGAGAUGUAAAAUAGAUGGAGAGAUAUGGCAAGCUUUAGAAUCUUCUUUUGUGUCUAUAAUUCUAGCGUUGCCAUCUUCAGACCAAGCUGAGAUAUUGACUGAGUGGUUAAGCAAGAAUGGGGUGUAUCCGGAUUUGACAGAGGCUUUUGAGGUUUGGUGUUACAGAUCAAAAGUUGCCAAGAGAAGAUUGGGUUUGCUAGGUGGAGAGGAAGAUGGGAAGGACAUGUCUUAAACUCUUUUGUUGAGGUCUGAUAUCUAGAAAAGUAACAUCAUGUGUUUCUUGUUGUUGUGUAGGUCUCUUUUUGUGUGUGUACUCUGCCAAAUCCAUCAUUGGCAGGUUACACAAAUCUGUAUAUACUGUUGACAGACAUGUUAAGUCCUUUUCAAUUAGAGUUAAGUCCUCAUAAAACUAAACAGGCUUUAUAUCUGUAAAUCUGUAAAUCUGUAAAUACUGUGCACAUAAAUGUUUAAGUACUUUUCAAAUGCGCAGAAGAGAUAUUUCCUCCUUAGAAAUCAAC